AUGUCUGAGGCCAUCUAUGCCAAGCCAGAUAUGACCAAGAAGGUCAAGUUUGACAGAGGACCUGAGGAUCCAGGGAGAAGACUCUACAGGAUGGUUGCUGUGAGCUUUGGGAUGCUGUGUGUUCUACAAGUCACUCUCAACAUCUCCCUGAGACCAGUCUAUAACAGAGGCAUCACCAAAGUGACUGCAGAGAGAGACCAGCUACAGACCAGUUACAACAACCUGACUAAAGAGAGAGACCAGAUACAAAAGGAGAGAGAUGAUCUCAAGAGAAAGUUCUCUAAUCUGAAACAAACCUAUCCUGAAGGCUGGCAGAAGUUUGGAUCCAGUUGGUACUUCAUCUCUACUGAGACUAAAACCUGGAGGGAGAGCAGACAGAACUGUCUGGAGAGAGGAGCAGACCUGGUCAUCGUAAACAGUGAUAAGGAACAGGUGAGA